AUGGAUGAAACUGAGAAUAGAAUUGAAUGGGAAGAUACUGCUGUCUUUAUCGAACAUGUCGACAUCAACGACAGCGGUAGCACAAUUGAGCUCUUGCCCCCUCACAAAAUUGAUGACAUCCUUAGAAGACUCGGCCCAACAAAGUACCGAGCAAAAGGAAGCUGUUUCAAUAAAUAUCUAGAGGCUCGCAUCCCGGGAACUGGCCAGUGGAUACUAGAAUCUCCAAGAUAUCGAGAAUGGCAUGACAAGGAAGAAAAUGGUCUACUAUGGAUCAAAGGUAUACCGGGAUCUGGCAAGUCGAUUCAUGCUGCUACUGUUAUAGAGCAAUUGAAGCAAGAAAACACUCCCGUAUUAUACUUUUUCUUUGUCCAAACUCUCGAUGCCAACCAACAACUCAAACUAGCUGUCAAUGAUUGGAUAGCUCAGAUCUUACGAUACAGCACGCAUGCACAAAAAAAACUGGAAAAGGAGAUAUCGAAAUUUCGUGACUUGUCCUGGGAACAGCGAUGGGAAUAUUUGCAAUUUGGGUUGCGCCAAGUCGCAAAAGCAUACUUGGUCAUUGACGGGAUUGAUGAGCUAGACCAAACUGAGUCCAAGCGACUUCUUGAGCGGCUUGUUGAGCUGCGGCGUUAUCAUCCGAUAGCGUGCUACAAGUUAUCCAAACAUCAUAUCCUGCAGCCACCAUUUUACAACAUUUGGUGA